AUGUCAGUGAGUGGCCAGGUCCCCCACCAAUGUUUCAUCGCCAAACUUCCGGCGGAAACUCUAUCCAAAAUAUUCAUGCUAGUCGUACAUGGCUCCCUCAAACGACGUGAAACAUACGAGAUUGCCCCUCAAAGUGCCACGAUGCCGGAUUCACUAGCAUUAGUGAACCGGCACUGGAGGAGAGCGGCCCUCUCUCACACCAGCCUAUGGUCGACGCUCACCGUUGAUCUCUACAAAAUGGUCUCCAAUAAAUCCGGAGUCGGCUGGACAUGGUUGGCCACCAUGAUCAGACGGUCAGGAAGAUCCUCGGUAGAUAUCACGAUCAAAGCUCAACAAGGAGCAGCGUCUGGUUGUGAAGGACGGAGGAGGAGGUGUCGGGAUUUCACUCCAACGAUGUGCCGUUACGCCGACUGCAUGCCCGCUGUUUUCAACCUGUUGUUCCCGGAGAUGUACAGAUGGCGUUCCCUGGAUAUAGUCAGCGAUACUUGGAUGCCACUUUGUAGUGCCCUUUAUCUUCUCAAUGACCGCAGGACAGAGGGCUCUGGAGCUCAUCGCCUCGAGUCUAUAAAACUCGUAAGAACCAACGACACCCUUUCUUUCUUCUGGAAUUUCUGUCCGAGGUUCAUUCAGACAGUCGAGGGGACCCCAUUCGCCGCUCUUAUGGUUAGUUAG